UGCUGGUGCAUUAUAUAAACAACAGAGGGGGAAGUCUAUGUGCUGGUGCGGUAUAUAAACAGUGGAGGGUGCGGUCUAUGUGCUGGUGCGGUAUAUAAACAACAGAGGGGGAAGUCUAUGUGCUGGUGCGGUAUAUAAACAGUGGAGGGUGCGGUCUAUGUGCUGGUGCAUUAUAUAAACAACAGAGGGGGCAAUCUAUGUGCUGGUGUGGCGUGUUGGCAACACUGAUGAGCCAUGUGUCUCUGCAGCUGCUGGCUCGUCUGGACGCUCGCCGCUCUCUGAAGGACAUCGAACCUCGGCUGUUUCCUGAGGAUGGAGGACCUGACCACGGUGAGGUGGUGCAGCUGUUCGGGACGGAGGGAACAGGUAAGACAGAGAUGCUCUACCACCUGUUGUGUCGCUGCGUGCUGCCGACGGCGAGCGGCGGUCUUGAAGUGGAUGUUGUGUUUGUGGACACCGACUACAGUCUAGACAUGUUACGACUGGUCAGCAUCCUGGACAGCAGGCUGACUGCAGGUGGUUCCAGCAGCUCGCCGCCGGCCGGCUCUGACGAGGCGGCGCUGCGUUUGUGUCUCUCUCGCCUCCUGGUGGUCCACUGCUCCUCCUCCUCCCAGCUCCUCCUCACCCUCCACUUCCUGGAGACCUCCUUGUCAUCGCGGCCCGGCCUGGCGCUCCUCCUCAUCGACAGCAUCUCUGCGUUUUAUUGGCCGGACCGCUGCGAGGGCGGGGCCAGCAUCGCCAAGCAGGAGGAGAAGCUUAGCAAGUGUGCCGAGCUGCUGGGCCGUCUGCUCAGGGAUUACAGAAUCACGGUCUUCGCCACCUGCCACGCCAUCAGGAGGAGCUACGGUGGACCCUCCUCCUCCUCCUCCUCCUCCUCCUCCUCCUCCUCCUCGUCUCCAGACUAUGACCGGCCGUACCUCUGUCGCCCCUGGCAGCAGCUGGUGACCCACCGGCUGCUGUUCUCCAGGCAGGAGGCGGCAAACAGCAUGGUCGGCGGAGGAGGAGCAGGAGGAAGAGGAGGAGGAGGCAGCAGGGAGCAGAGGAGGCGGCAGAUCUUCACAGUCCACUGCACCUCUUCCUCCUCCAGGACAAAGGCUUACAGGAGCAGCUUGUUCUGCGUGAGGGACGGAGGAGUGGAGUUCCUCUGACAGUAAACAUCAGUUCAUGUUCUGCAGUUCUGCGUUCUUCACGGGUUCAUCAGACUUCAAUAAAAACUGUGUUCCAGCAGGAGUCUUUCUUUUUAUCACAUUUACUGAACAGCAGAACGUGCUGGGAUGUUCCUGUCACUGCUGCUGGCACAGAACCCAAGAUCCACGAAGAUCCACGAAGAUCCAUGAAGAUUCACGAAGAUCCAUGAAGAUCCAUGAAGAUCCACGAAGAUCCACGAAGAUCCAUGAAGAUCCACAAAGAUCCAUCCACUGAUAGAACCUCCACUGAUGAAUCAGGACAAGACGGAAAGAAAAUACCUGUAGUGGGACAACUUAUUGAAAUUAUUAUUAUUAAAUGAAUAAUAAUAAUAACAUGAUUAAAGGUUGUAUAUUUGAUCUUAUUCACAGCACUGAUGUUGUAUUUUAGAGUAAAUAUUGAUACAUAAAUAAAUAAAUAGUAUGUACAGAUGACACAGGACUGCUGUUGUGUUUCAGAGUAAAUAUUGAUAAAUAAAUACAUAAAUAAAUAAA